GGAUGGGGGGGGGGGAACCCCGGAAACGGAAGUGAGCGGCGGGGCCGACUGACGGUAACGGGGCUGAGAGGCUGUUCACAGAGCAAGUGAAGAUGAAUGCCAGAGGACUUGGAUCUCAGUUAAAGGACAGUAUUCCGGUUACUGAACUUUCAGCAAGUGGACCUUUUGAAAGUCAUGAUCUUCUUCGAAAAGGCCUACCUUGUGUGAAAAAUGAACUUUUGCCCAGUCAUCCUCUUGAAUUAUCAGAAAAAAAUUUUCAGCUCAACCAAGAUAAAAUGAAUUUUUCUACACUAAGAAACAUCCAGGGUCUGUUUGCUCCACUAAAAUUGCAAAUGGAAUUCAAGGCAGUGCAGCAGGUUCAGCGUCUUCCAUUUCUUCCAAGCUCAAACCUUUCGCUGGAUAUUUUGAGGGGUAAUGAUGAGACUAUUGGAUUUGAAGAUAUUCUUAAUGACCCGUCACAAAGUGAACUAAUGGGAGAACCACACUUGAUGGUGGAAUAUAAACUCGGUUUAUUGUAAUCUGUUGUGCUGUUCAUGAAAAUAGAGGGGCUGCAUGUUGUUUAUAGUCAUCUUUUUACUAUAACUUGAUGUACACAACAUUAAAAAUACUGACACAUGAGAA